AUGUCUUCCACCUACGAUGUGGUGGUCGUGGGCGCCGGGCUGUCGGGCCUUCAAGCAGCAUUGACCCUCGACGCCGCUGGUCUUCGGUAUAUCGUCCUCGAGGCUCGCGAUCGCGUAGGAGGCAAGACCUUCACGCUGCGCUCGCCGGAGACCGGAGCAGUCCAGUGUGAUCUAGGCGCGGCGUGGAUCAACGACAGCAACCAGAGCCGGAUGUGGGCGCUGGCCAACGAGCUAGGACUGGAGACGUACGUACAGAACACGGCCGGGAAUGUCGUGGUGCAAGAUUUCGACGGGAAGCUGGUCAAAUUCCCGUAUGGCCAAGCCCCCGAGUAUCCUUCGGCAAAAGACACAAGAUCGUGCAUCAGCAUCCGCGAUGAAGUCGAAAGACUCUCAUUGACACAGUCGCCCUCCAUCUUGUCGGCCGGGCCAUACCGCCAACACCUAGACAGCAUGUCGUUCGAGACGUAUCUGCGGAAUGCAAAGGUGACGGAAAAGGCGUUCGCGACCGCUCAGGUCUGGACGCACGCCAUGCUCGGCGUGGAUCCGUCUGAAAUGUCUGCGCUGUAUUUCCUCGAAUAUUGCGCCGCGGGAGGGGGAUUGAUGACGAUGCGGUCCGACCAAAAGGGCGGCGGACAGUAUCUUCGCAUCCGCCAGGGCAUGUCGGCGUUCGCGGAGGGAAUGGCCGGCAAGCUGCGUCCUGGGUCGGUCGAGCUGAGUAGUCCCGUGGCAAGCAUUACUCAAAAGCCCAAUGGCACGGUGUCUGUGACCACCAAGGGUCCUUUGUCGCAAACAUAUCAAGCUCGCAAAGUCAUCGUUUCCGUUCCCACGCCAGUCUACAAGACCAUCACAUUCAGUCCUCCUCUGCCGCCCUCCAAGACCGCGGUAGUCAACCGCACCCGCUAUGGCUUCUACACCAAAUACAUGGUGACCUUCAGCAAGCCGUUCUGGACGGAGAGGAAACUGUGCGGCCUGGCCCAGUCUUUCAUCGGUCCCGUUUCGGUGUUCCGGGAUACCAGCCUUGGUGACCAGAGUUACUGUCUGACUUGCUUUCUGGGUGGACAGUUCGGCCGGAAAUGGGCGGCCCAGGAUGCCGAGGGCAAGAAGUCAUCCGUCUUGAAACAGAUCAGUGAUGUCUUGGCCGAUGGUCAAGAUGUGACGCCGUGGUUCAUCGAGGUGCACGAAUCGCCCUGGAUGGAGGAAGAAUACUCUGGCUGGGGGUGUCCUUGUCCGGUCAUGCCGCCAGGAGUGUUGGCCGAUGGCUGGGGAGCGUUGUGUGCACCAGCAGACAACCUUCAUUUCGUCGGGACCGAGUUGAGUCCGGUGUGGAGAGGAUAUAUGGAGGGCGCCGUCACGAGCGGCGAGAAGGGGGCUACGGACGUGAUUGCAGAGUUGAGCAGGGAUGAGGUGAAGGCAAAACUAUGA